AUGGCAGAUGUGACUGUAAUAUCGUCGAGCAUUGUUCGACCUGAAAACAUCAACCAAUCGUGCCGGGAAAAGAUCCAUCUAACUCCAUUUGAUUAUACUCAUGUCGAUUAUACUCAAAGAGGUCUCCUCUUCCCCAAACCCGACCCGGAAACCCGUUUCAUCUCUCGACUAAAGACUUCUCUUUCUUCUGCUCUAGACGUUUACUUCCCGUUCGCUGGUCGUCUUGGCAAAGUGGACAAUCAAGACGACAGUACGGUGUCGUUUCACGUCGAUUGCAACGGCUCUGCCGCCAAAUUCGUCCACGCUAUAGCUGAAUCCGUAUCGCCCUUGCUUGCUUUGCAAGUCACCGAGAUGAAAGAUGGCGUCUUCAUUAGCUUUGGUUACAACCACAUGGUCGCCGAUGGAGCUUCGAUCUGGAACUUCUUCAGGGCUUGGUCCAAGAUCUGCUCGAAUGGUCAAAGUGAGGAUCUUGAUCGUCCUCUUGUCCUCAAAGGAUGGUUCGUCGACGGGAUCGAUUUUCCGAUCCGUAUCCCCGUUUCAGAGAUACAGACAAAGAUGGCGUCGAGUGGUGAAAAGUCGACGGAAGGGAGAGUUUUUCACUUCACGAAGAGGAAUAUUUCAGAUCUCAAAGCUAAGUCAACGGCGAAAGUGGCUCUAGUGACGUGA